AAAUAAUAUAUGUGUACAUGAGAGAGUGUAUCUUUAUAUAAAGGUGGGUGUGGGACUUUUUAGGUCUUUAUUUGUAUGGUGAGAAAGAAAGAGAGAGAGCCAAAACCUUUGUGCAUUUGAUAUUAGUGAAACUAUAUAGUACUUGAGUUAUAAUUGUAGAUAGCUAUAUAUAUAUAUAUAUAGAGAGAGAGAGAGAGAGAAUUAUAAGUAUAUAGUAUUUACUAGUUAUUAUGGGGAGGCAACCUUGUUGUGACAAACUUGGGGUGAAGAAAGGGCCAUGGACAGCCGAAGAGGACAAGAAACUCAUCAACUUCAUUCUCACCAAUGGCCACUGCUGCUGGCGAGCUGUUCCGAAGCUCGCCGGCCUCCGCCGCUGCGGCAAGAGUUGCCGCCUUCGUUGGACCAACUACCUCCGUCCUGACCUCAAGAGAGGUCUCCUUACUGAGGCUGAAGAACAGUUGGUCAUUGAUCUUCAUGCUCGUCUUGGGAAUAGGUGGUCCAAGAUUGCAUCAAGAUUACCAGGGAGAACAGAUAACGAGAUCAAGAAUCACUGGAACACACACAUAAAGAAAAAGCUUCUUAAGAUGGGAAUCGAUCCAGUCACACACGAACCUCUGAUCAUCAACAAAGACGAUCGUGAUCAUGAUCAUGAUCAACAACCUUCAAACACAACAAUCGAACCACCCCAAGAUGCUAAUAAGACUACUACUGAUCAUCAUCAUUCGCAAGAAAGUUCCGGCAGCACCACGACGGAGCUGGAGAACUCGUCGACCUCAUCUCCGGCCGAUAACUCUUACUCCGGAGACGAGUCCCUUUGGUCAGUUGAUCAUAAUAAUAACAAUAGCCUUUGCAACGACGAGUCGUUUAUAAACAACUUGUGGGUGAACGACGACAACAUUAACAAUGAUCAUAUAAUAAAGUCUCCCCCGGAACUGGUUGAUCAUGAUGAUUUUAAUUCAUUAAUGUUGUGGAACAGUGCAAAUAAUAGUUCUGAUAGUCUCUCAUCAUGUCCACCACCUAGCUAUGGAGGAAUAUUACCAUCUUUUGAAGAUAAUUAUUGCUCAUCAUCAUGGCUUUUGGACUGUCAAGACUUUGGGAUUCAGGAUUUUGGAUUCGAUUCUUCUUACUUCGAUGAUUUUGAGUUGAAUAAGGCCCUCAACGCCAUAGAAAUGGGAGAAAAUUUGCACUAGCUAUCCAGACAGCCCUUCAUCAAUAUAUAAUAUAUACAUAUAUACGUACCACAUAUAUUACACACAUAUAUAUAAAAUAUAUGUAUAUAGUAUAGCUAGUGCAGUGAGAAGUCACCGUACGUACGUACAGGAAAAGUUUCAAGAUUUCCAAAGUGAACAUGAUCUGCUACAAAGUUCCAUGCAAGUCUGGUUCAUGAUCGAGUUUAAUUAAUAUUAGGGUUUUCUUUUUAGUGGUGAUGAUGAUGGUUUCAUAUGUAGUAGUGUUAUUAUAUAUAUAUAUAUAUAUAUAUCUGUGUGUGUGUGUAAAUGUGUAUAUGUGUUACUGAAUUUUCUUUGAGGAUCAUUAUGAAAUCGUUAAAUCACAGCUUCUAAUAAGCACUAGAGCUUGCUGGUUUCUCAUUUCACCAACCACAACAAUAUAUUUUAAAUAUAAAUAUAUAUAUAUAUAUAUAUAUAUAUAAAAUCCUUUCCUUUAAGUUAUUGUCAUCUUUUGUAAAGUUAAUUAUCAUAGGAUUAGACGUUGGACAUUUGUCAAAAGUGUUUGGUAGGUUUAAUUUGUGUCAAUAUGAAAAUCAUGUGUGCAUGAUAUAUAAUAUAAAUAUUGUACUUUUGUGUAAUGGAAAUAAACCCGGUCAUUAUUGAUAUAUAAUUUAUAAUUACAAAUGUAUUGAAUUUCAA